CCUGAUUCCAGCGUAACAGUCCUAAGGCUACGAAGAGAAAAUCACUUUUUAUUAAAAGUACGUCCAGUGAGUUUUAAUGAUUCGUCUGUCGUGCGUUUAUCGGAGUCGAAAGUUUUAAUUUUAAAUCCGUGCCCCCUGUGAUCGCCGGGCUCGUCGUCAAACCGUCUCGAUUUUUUUUAAAUGUUCGACUUGUACGAAAGUGCAACGGAAAACCCAUAGGGACAAUGGGAUCCGAUACGCAUUCGAAUGUGACACUAUUUCAUACGAGUGGAAUAAGCUAUUAUGGUAUUGUUUAGUCCGUUUAUGUAUUUAAACGCCGAAACAGCAUUUCCCCGGCCUAACAAGGGCAAAGUUCAUAAAAUAUGUCAAAAGACGUGGCAGAGGAGUAUACCUCCUCCCUCAACGAUUUGACCGUAAAUAGCAAACCUUUGAUUAACAUGUUGACAAUGUUAGCUGAAGAUUAUAUAGAACACGCUCCUAUUAUAGUUAAAGCAGUUGAAGUUCAUUUGCAAAAGGUUCAAGGAGAUGUAAAGUUACCUGUACUUUAUUUAAUUGAUUCUAUAGUAAAAAAUGUUAAAAGGGAUUACAUUCCAUUGUUUACCCAGAACAUUGUUUCAACUUUUUGUUCUGUAUUUGCAAAGGUUGAUGAAAAAGUCAAAUUACAAAUGUUCAAACUCAGACAGACAUGGAAUGACAUUUUUCCCAAAAAGAAACUGUAUGCGCUAGACGCUAGAGUAAAUGCUAUGGACCCUGAAUGGCCUAUUACCAUCAGUCCUCAAGCUGUGAGGAUACAUGUAAAUCCAAAGUUCUUCCAGCCUCAGUCAACAACCCCGGUUCCGACUGAUGUUACAUCAAUCUCCAGUGAAAGCGCUAUACAAGAAGAAAUUUUAAAACACCGGAAAGAACUGUUAGAACUGCAAAAGAAGAAAGUCGAGUUGGAAUUAAUUCAAACCAAAGCUAUACUUGAAGAAAGACAAAAAAAGAUAGAAAAUCAAACGAAUGCCAUGAUAAUGCGAAAUGAUACCAUCCUGGCUGGAAGCAGCAGUUCUGGAAAACAGCCAAGAUUAAAAUUUUCUAAAGAUGAACCUAAGACAUCUGAAAAAGAGAAGUCUUUGAAUUCUGAGAAUACAACAUUUAGGACCAGAGACCCAAGAAUAAGGGUGAAAGAAUCCAAUGAAAAAGCCACAUUGUCAUCGACUGUAGUUAAAAGCAGUACUGCACCUCCGAAAAUUAAGAUACCAAAAUCGUUUGAUCAAAGUGUUUCUUCUUCCUCAUCUUCGAGUAAAGUUUCUCCCUCCAGUGCUAAAAACAAAAAGAACAAAAAAUCAAAGAAAACGAAAUCGCAUCAUACAAGUAAAUAUGAGGUAUCGGUAAAUAAUGAGGUGUCCAAAGAGGCUUCUUCUCAACAAGCUCAACCUGAAGAUGUUUUGAGAAAAGAGAGUAAAAGUAUGAAAGUUUCCGAAAGGAAUAAGCUAAACGAAGAGAAACAAGUUAAAACUACCGAUGCAUCCGGUGCAUCUCAUAACUACAGAAGUAACACUUGGACUCCAGAUGCACGAUCCACUUCCCCGAAAGCCCAGAGUUCUGAAAUGACUGUGGCCGAAUCUGUUUCUGAAAGCCAAAAGCCACAAUCAGUCGAUAAAAUUACUAAAGAGAAAACAACCCCUCCAAACAAGUCCGACCUUAUUGAAAUCGAUAUAACUUCUGAUAGCAGUAACACUCCACCUAUAAUCAGUCCUAUCAAAUUCAAAGGUUCAAAUAUGCAUUCACAUAAGAAAAAAUUAGAAAAGAAGACAGCCAAAACUAAAUCUGAAAAGAGAAAACACACACAUGUUGAAAAUACUUCAAUGCAGAUGGAAGAAACUUCAGCUAAUGAUAAAACAAACACUGGUGCAUUACCAUUGGUUAAUAACAGCAAGGAUAUUGACCUGAGGCUGUUGCCUUCACACAACAAAACCAUGGCUAAUACGGCUGAAAUAGACGAUUUAGAAUCUAAAAAUAAAAUGAUGGACACAUUGUUUGGCCCGCAAGAUGUUGAUUUGAGAACCUUCCCACUUCAACCGCCGACACCGCCUCCACCCAUAAUAUCGCGAAGAGGAGAUCAAGAAAAUAGCAUCCCUUCAAAUGCUAUACAUUCACAAACAUCAGGAAAUUGGGCCAACUACAAGGGAACAAAGUCAGACGAGACCCCUUACACCAAAAAGUUUAAUAAAAAUUCAACGGAUCGUUUAGGAAGGCCAUUUUUUUAUAAUGAAGACAAAGUUAAGGACAGUGAGAAGUUUGAAGAAGAAGCACCAGAAGAGUGUAUAUCAGAUAAUUGCAACUUGAUAAUUAAACAAGCAGAGGAACAGUUAAAUAGUGGCAAUAUCACAUUUUCGCAGUACAAUAGUAUGUUAAAAGCUGUGAUUAAAAUUAAUGAAGAACGUAAGCUUCAAGAAGCUCUAAAGCAAGACGAAUUAAAUCAAGACCAUUUUGGCAUGGACGUCGAGGAAAAUGAAUUACCCAAGGAAUCGUUUGGAUACAUGGACCAUUCAGAAAAUAGUUCAGGUUUUAAACGUAAAUACGACGAUGCGUCUUAUAAUGGAGAUGAAUUUGAACAAGGCGAUUCUUCUAAACAAAAGCCCGACAGCAGAAAGCGGACCAAAGUACACGUGUCAGAUCCGCCAGUCAAUCGUUUGCCAAAUGAUCGAGGAAGGUAUGGAAACAGAUAUGACAACCAGAGUUCCACAAGAGGAGGUGGAAAUCAAAAGCCAUGGCUUCAAAAAUCAUCUCGCCCUCAUCCAACACCGGUUCGUGGAGACUUCAAAAGAUGGCCCCAUCCAACCAGGCAAAUUUUUGAACCAAAUAAAGCUCCGUUUAGAUACAGAGGACCGAUUCCACCGGUAACAGUUCCACCGUUACCACCGCCACCACCACCACUCCACCUAAAUCAAUUUGGCAACAUGAGAGGAGCAAUGGGAACAGGUAUAAAUCAUCUACCACGUGCGGACCCGCAUGUUCUCGAAAUAAUUGCAAAGGACACCAUGAAGAAUAUUAUUUAUGAAGGCGUCCCAAGAGAAGUGCGAUUUUAUGGCGAUACCGCAAUUAUUAUGCUUUCGUGGGAUGACCCGAGAGAAAUAACAUUUCAACCUGGGUCAAAAACUCUGGUCAUUGAUGACCGUGAAGUUUUUACUCUACAAUUUAAUGCACCAUAUAAGGAAUUCAUCGUUGAUGGUGCAAGAGUGAACAUCAGACUCGGUGCACCUACAAGAGAGCUGUACAUAGAUGGGAUGUUUUAUGAAGUUAUUUUUGGAGGAGCGCCAGUGAAUAUAAUGUUUGGAGGAAGAAUGCAUUCCGUCUGCAUGCCAGGGCCUACACCGCAAGUAAAAUUCAGUGAUGUGAAAAGGACCGAUCUUGUUGCAGGCAAAGUGAACCUUAUUGUCGAUGCAAAUGAAAUGUUUCCCAUAUACUUGGAUGCAAAACCCCAAAGAUUUGAAAUUGAGCGAGUACCUUAUAUUUUGAGGUUUGUUGAAGCUCUACAAACAGUUGUGAUCAAUGGGGUGCCAUUCAAGAUUGAAUUUGGUGGGACACCGGUUCCGAUUUAUUUUCAAGGGGCGAAACAUUAUUUGCGACUCUCUGUAUUGCCAAGAGGUAUCAAACCGGGGUAUAUUAAUAUAGUCAACAUGGAAGGAGGACGGCUGCCAUCACCUCCUCCUUCAGUGUCACCGCCGACGACUUCUUCCACGGCAUCUCAAAAUUCUGACAGAAAUGGCAUAGACAAGACAAGCGCUAUAAAUUCUGUAAACACUGAAGUCGAUGAAGUAAAGCCACAGAAGUCGCCUACAGUUUCACUCGGGAAUGAUCAACCCUUGGAAUUACUGGCCAGUUUAAUGCCUGGUUCAUUCACGCCUCCUUCAGUUGGGCAAAGCUACUCCGCUGAACUUACCACAGAAAGUAGCACAGCUAGUACAAUAACUACAGAUGUUACUACAACCACAAGUACUGUUACAACAAGCACAGUACCAGAUAUGAUUAAUGUAAGUGAGCUUUUAAAGAAGUUAGUAGCAGUAGGCAUCGUCCCGGCUGUGAAUAAGGAAAAAGAAAAAGAAUCUUCUGAAGAUUUAUCAACUUUAAAGAUGGUAGAUUUUUCACAACCGGAGACUCUGAAAGUGAAACAACCUGCAUUAGUUACCAGGCUUUACUCAGGAAUACAAUGCAGUUCAUGUGGUGUGAGGUUUUCACCCGAGGAGACUGUCAAAUAUAGUCAACAUUUGGACUGGCAUUUCCGUCAAAAUAGAAGGGACAGGGAUUCUGCCAGAAUCGCACAGUCACGAAAAUGGAAUUAUGACGUUUCGGAUUGGAUUCAAUACCAAGAGAUCGAAGACCUAGAAGAACGAGCUCAAAGUUGGUUUGAAAUGCAAGAGAAAAAGACAGUGGAAGGUGACGAAAUGAUUGAAGAAGAACCGAGUGUUGUUAUUGAGAAAGACGAAGACAAUGCCUCCUGCUGUAUUUGCCAGGAUCGUUUUGAAGUAUUCUACAACGAAGAAAAAGAAGAGUGGCAUUUAAGAAUGGCAGUUAGAAUGGAAGAAAAAUUGUAUCACCCCAUGUGCUACAAAGAUUAUCAGGAUAACCUACUCAAGGAAGAUACCCAGUUUCAAGAGAGUAGCUACUUCCUUCAAGACGAGAAUGAGACCAUUGAAAUUGUUGAUGAUUCUGUGACUGAAAGUACUGUCAUCAGCAUUGAAGACGAAAAAUCUCCUAAGGAAAGUGGAAAGGGAAUCGUAGAAGAAACCGAAAAGGAAGAAACCAAAUCUACUCCUGAACCACCUGCUCCUGAAGAAGUUCAAGGUGAAAAAACUCCACAUGCCGAUUCAGAUAGUGAUGAUGACAUAUUGCAAAUAGAAGUCAUUGAACCGACGAUAGAAUCAUUCGAAAUCUUGGAUGAAGAUGAUGACGAUGUUAAAGACAACACCGAAGAGAAAAAACCCAUGAUCAUUGACGAUAGCGAAAAACUGAAUAACAGCGAUGAUGGUUUAGAAACUGACUUCACCAAUAUCGUUAUUAAAAAAGAAAAAGAAGUCAUUCUUCCCGAACCUGCAAUAACGUCGCAUCAUACUACAAUAAUAUCUUCGAUCGAUGGUAAUGUCGAAUUGGAUGAAGCGCCUCCUUUGGUCCAACCCAAGAAAAUCAACAUCAAUAUAACAUCAUCGUUGACAAAAUCAAAAAAAUUGCGGGAUAGCGAUCGUAUUCAAUUGCCCACCAACACUGUUACUGAAUUUAAUGUAAAAGAAAGCAGUCAGCCUCUACCACCAGGUGAACUAUUUCCGGCUUGUGUGAAGCCUAAAAUACACAAAGCCAAAUUAACUGAACUACCUCCGGUUAAUAAAGGUGUCGAACUGUCGGGCCUCUGCUGCUUGAUGUAAUUAUUACUUGUAAAUUAAAAUUCUGUAAAUAUUUAAGAUUUAAGUGAAAAGUGUACAGCAUUGGAAAAUUAGUUUUUGUCAAUUAUAUUUGUUACAUGUUUGUACAUAAGUCAGUUAUUUAUGAAACAAAAUUUGUAAAAUAAAGGAUGUUCUGGACUGAU